AUGGGAAACGCAAAGGGCGGUGCGCGAGCAGCCCCAGGUGACACACUAUCACCGAGUCCUCCCGCCGGCGCGAGCGGGCAGAGCAGUUGCUGGGCCAAUCAGCAGCUUAGGGGCCGAGUAGGGAGCGGGGAGAGAGCGGGCAGAGCGGAAGCCCAAUCAGAUCGGAGGGUCCUGGACGCCGCCUUCUCACUCAGCGGCUCGCUGCCCCUGCUCCGGCCGCCCUCUCACCUGCACUUCUUCCCGCAUUGGCUGCUCUACUGCUUCCCCUCCUGCCUGCAGUUCUCCACGCUCUGUCUGCUCAACCUCUACCUGGCGGAGGUUAUAUGUAAAGUCAGAUGUGCCACUGAACUUGACAAACACAAAAUUCUACUGCAUUUGGGCUUUAUACUGGCGAGCCUUCUCUUUUUAGUGGUGAACUUGACUUGUGCAAUGCUAGUCCACGGAGAUGUUCCAGAAAAUCAGUUGAAAUGGACUGUGUUUAUUCGAGCAUUAAUUAAUGACAGCUUGUUUAUUCUUUGUGCCAUCUCUUUAGUUAGUUACAUUUGCAAAAUUACAAAAAUGUCAUCAGCAAAUGUCUACCUCGAAUCAAAGGGUAUGUCUCUGUGCCAAACUGUUGUCGUGGGCUCUGUAGUCAUUCUUCUCUACUCUUCCAGAGCUUGCUAUAAUUUGGUGGUUAUCACCAUAUCUCAGGAUACAUUAGAAAGUCCAUUUAAUUAUGGCUGGGAUAAUCUUUCAGAUAAGGCUCAUGUAGAAGACGUAAGUGGAGAAGACUACAUAGUAUUUGGAAUGGUCCUCUUUCUGUGGGAACAUGUACCAGCAUGGUCAGUGGUACUGUUUUUCCGGGCACAGAGAUUAAACCAGAAUUUGGCUCCUGCUGGCAUGAUAAAUAGUCACAGUUACAGCUCCAGAGCUUACUUUUUCGACAAUCCAAGACGAUACGAUAGCGAUGACGACUUGCCGAGACUGGGAAGUUCAAGAGAAGGAAGUUUACCUAAUUCACAAAGUUUGGGCUGGUACGGCACCAUGACUGGGUGUGGCAGCAACACAUACGCGGUCACUCCCCACCUGAAUGGACCGAUGGCAGACACUGCUCCUUUGCUCUUUACUUGUAGUAACUUAGAUAUGAACAAUCACCAUAGCUUAUAUGUGACACCACAAAACUGAUAGCAUUACAAGUCGUGAAUCUUGGAUAGUUUUUCAUGAAAUGUGUGUGUUCAAUGUGUUUAAAUUUCGUCUACAUAAACAUUGCAAGUGAGAACAAAAUCUGGAAAGGUGGCUGUGUUCGGUGGAGAACACAGCUGUUUCUUUUGACCUCUGCAUAAUUAAGCAAAAUGGAAAGUUUGGAGUAAGAGAAAAGGUUAGAUCUUAAGACACUUGAUUUCCUCCAAACAUCCCGACUUUGGAACAUCAAAUGCAUUAUUUGCAUAUUUGCACUUUUAUCUUUGUUCUGAAAGAGUACACUGCAGUCCCCAAAGUCAUGCUCCAGUGUUCACACUGGAAUAUUAUUGUACACCAAAUUGGAAGGCAAUUUUUCUACGAAAAUCAAAGCCUCUACAUUCACUGGUGUACUAGGUCCAGAAUCCUUCCCCAGUUAGUUUGAGUGUGAGUAGUGCAGUUAAAGCAAAAAAAUGUAUCAUCUUCCUAAAAAUCUACUAAAAUGUUAUUGAAGACAGUUCUUUGAAGCAUGAUUUAAAAAUACUAACUGAAAUUAUUCAAACAAUGAUUUUAAAUAAAUGAUAGUAGUAAUCCUUUACAGUGAUGAGCAGCAGUGUUCUUUGGAAAGCCACAGUAAUUUCCUUCAAGAGGAACAUAAUAGUGAAAAUUGUGUGGCUACUUUGAGUAGAAUUGGUCAAGUGAUUAUUUUGUAUGAUUAAGAUAUACAGUACAUAGUAGUUUAAGCAUGAUCCUUCAAGAAAGCAAUAGUGAUUUUUACAUAGGGGGUUUGGUAGAUACUUCUUGGGACUAAAGUUUACAGAUGCAUUUAAAAUUUUUCAUAAAAUGUAACGAUUCUAAGUUAAAACAAGAAUUCACUUUCAAAAGCAUUGGAUUUAUCUGAAACAAGAUAUAACUGAUCUUACCUAUUGAAUCAGGAUUGUCCUCAGGUAAAUUAAUUCAUGGUACAUUAUUGUAAUAACUAAAGUGCAAUACUAAGACAUAUAAUUCCUUCUUUAGUUUUGUUUUAUACCUUGUUUUUCAGCAAAAUUAAAUUAAUUCCAGCACUGGAUUAAAUGAGCAAACUUAAAAUGUACAAACUUGGUAAGUAUAAAACCAGAGAUGACCAAUACUGGAAUACUUCUAGAAAUAUAUUAAAUUGUGUUGAAUUUCCUAACCCAAGUCAUUCAUAUGUGUGUCGUUCAUAGGCUAAGACAAAACAGAAUUUUAAAAUGCACUUUCUACCAAUAUCUGCAUGGCAAGUAGGUGCUGAAUACCUCAAAAUGCCAAGGCAACAUCUAAAGUUGUCACAAUGUGCUUAAAGUAACUAAUCUUAUAAAAUUCUGAUGUUUCCUCAGAAUUGGAACUAAUACAGUUGUCCUUUUCUGUCUUCUACUUUGGUUAGAAAGUAUUUUAUUUAUAUUUUUACUUAAAAUAUUUUGCAGCUUUUUAAUAACUGAUGCAGUUACAUCACAAAAGUAUGAGUAGGUAAAAUGAAAUAAAAAAUUAAAUCGCUAAUGCUUUCUAUCUUUGGGUGGUUGAUACAAAGCAAAAUAAAUUUCUUUUUAUGAUAUGAAAACUUUAAAUUCAAUCAGAAGUGUACUAAUAGUUAUGUUACUAGUUUUUUGUUUAUAACAAGUUCUCGUAACUGAAUUAUUUAAAAUUUUAUAGUACAAGAGUAGUUAACCAUGGUAUUAACAGUAGUUUUUACUACAAUAGUAGUUUCUGUUCAUUAGAUUUCUUUUAGAACACAACUAUUUACUUUGCUGAUGUUAGAUAUCUAUCUAGAGAUAUCUGAAAAAAAGCUCUAUUUUUUGUUAACCCUUGGGUUCAAAAUGAUACUUUUUCUAGUAAAAUUUCCCUAGAUGAAGUUAUUUGUCCAGAUAAAAAUUACUUCAAAAUUUUUUCAUAUAAAACUUUUAGCUGCAUUAGUUGAUUGUACUAAAUUUGAGAUUUGUGAAUUUAUCCGUGUCAAUGACUAGGGUACCUAAAUUCUUACAUUUGUCUCCUUUAUACACAUCUCACACAACCGAUCACCAAAGAAAAUAAAAAACUCUGGCCCAAUUUUUGCUUAAAAAUUCCAAAGCACUAGGAGCACUUUAAGUUUGGUUGCAAAAGAAGUUGUUUAUAAAAUUAAAGGGCUACCAGUUCCCUGUUCAUCCUGCACUGAAGCACAUGAUGACAAUUCCAAACCUUCCUUUUGUGUUAAUUUAUAAAGUGGAUUUCAUUGCUUAAGUGUGUAUUUCUACAGUGAUUAGCAAUAUUUGUUUUUAUCACUUCAGUUAGGUGACCAUUAAUUUUGAAACUCUUACCACUCAAUAUAGCUGGCUGUAGUUUUAUGGAAGAUGUAAUUUAUAGCUAAAGUGGGUUUUUAUGCAUAUCUGCCUUUUUAUUUAACAGUGUUUCUCAGCUAUAUAAUCAGUUCCCAACUGGUUGUAAAAGUAUAGCUGUGGCCAAUGAAUGUAUUUAUUUGUUGUUUCACUCAAUUGUAA